AUGGGCAUUUCAAAUAAAAAACAUGGAGUUAGAGAAUCAGGGGACGUUAGUGGAUCCAACAUUACUGAUGAUGAAAUGGAUUUACUCCCUAUGUUUUGUCAACAUGAAGAAAGGACUUUGUUGUCUUGUGGAUGGGUGAAUGGAAUUACUCAUGUAAGUCAAAGAUUUAUUGGAGGUGCAAAGGAUUUCCGGACCGCAUUAUGUAAAUAUGCCAUUGAGAUAGAAUUUGAGUUUGUGUAUAUGAAGAAUGAGAAGUGUCGGGUCACUGCUGUGUGUUCAAUACGGGAGUCCAAAGCUUGUUUAUGGCGAGUACAUGCAUUUCUAGAAAGUGCUAACAAUUUUUUCUACAUUAGGACUCUACAUGAUGAGCAUACUUGUGGAGCUGCAGUUCGUCUAGAAAGUGUUAAUAAUUUUUUCUACAUCAGGACUCUACAUGAUGAGCAUACUUGUGGAGCUGCAGCUCAUCAAUACGGGCUCACCAUUAUGUACAAUCACGCUUGGUUGGGAGUUGAGAAAGCUAGGACUACUACUUUUGGAGAUUUCUCUAUGUCUUUUGAUGAAAUUCGAUGGUAUAUGGAUAUUGUGAUGAGCACAAAUCCUGGGUUUAGGCAUUGCCGUCCUUUAUUGUUUAUCGAUGGAGCUUUUCUGAAGGGGAAAUAUAAGGGCACAUUAUUAACAGCUACAGCGAAGGAUGGGGAUCAAGGUUUUUUCCAUCCUGUAAUGGCAAUUGUUGAUAUGGAGACUAUAGACAGUUGGGAAUGGUUUUUUAUGCAUUUGUCAAAUAUAUUGUUGGAUGAAAGACAAAUUACCUUCAUAUCUGAUCGGAACGCAGGACUUUUGAAGGCUUUACCCAAGGUUUUACCUACUGCUUACCACUAUUUUUGUCUCCAACACUUGAAUGCCAAUUUGAGGGAUAGGUUCUACAGUCCAAGUUUCAGCAAUACUUUCAGGAGUAGAAUAGUUUUUUUGUUUUCUUCAUGUGCUUAUGCUCCAAUAAUGGAAUGUUUUAAUCAGUUCUUGAAAGAAUUACAAGAUGAGGGAAAAUGGAUCGUUUGUAGAUUUCUAUCCCAUUUGCCCUAUGACAAGUGGACUAAUGCAUAUUUCAAAGGACAAAAAUACGGUGAAAUGCACUUGAAUGUGGCAGAGUCUUUUAAUUCAUGGAUCCGUCAAGCUCGUCAUUUGCCCACUACGAAGAUGAUUGAUUCAAUUAGGUUGAAGAUCAUGGAUUUGAUGUCGAGAAGGAGAGAAUAA